AUGGAUCCCAGGGACGUGCCAAUCAAGGGCCCCUGGCCUAUUGAAGAUAUUGUCUACGUUUGCUUGGUCGCCCCGCUGAUACUGGCUGCCUUUCUUGAAUGGAUACUUUGGCUCGGCGCCUUCUUGUUUGCCCUGUGUAAAGUGUAUCAGAAAGCAGAACACUGGAGCACACAAGUGAUUGCAGUCAUUAUGAUGAUUCUAUUCACAGUUCUUCGGGGCAUCUUCCUCCCUGUUAUGAUAGUCACUCUGCCUCUACCCGCCAGGAUAACACAGUACUUCCCCCAGAGCUUGGUCAUGUUUUUACAGUGGUUCGCGUUCUACACUUUUUCCGUCCUCUUGCUGGUUCCGUGGAUACUCUGCCUUUAUAGGCUGACGACGAACGACAUUGGACGGUCCAAGCGGAUAAAAGAAGAGUUACAUGCUAGCAUUGCUCCCAAAGUCGUCGUGGUGAUGCCGGUGUAUAACGAAGAGCCUGGAGUGUUGAUCAAAGCAAUUAAUUCUGUGGUACAGAGCGACUACCCGCCCUCAUGCAUCCAUGUUUUUCUUUCCUUUGAUGGGGAGCCAAGUGACAGUCUGUGGAACCCGAUUGCCGAUCAACUUGGAAUUCCCAGAUUUUUCAGGAGGAAAGCAAAGAGUAUUGAUGUUGUCUACGAUUCUGUCCGCAUCACCGCCAGCCGAUUUCCUCAUGGUGGAAAGCGGCAUUGCCAAAAGAAGACAUUCAAACUAAUUGACAGGAUAUACACCGAGUACCUGGUACGAAACGAUGACCUCUUUAUCCUCUUCAUUGACUCCGACUGCAUUCUUGACAAAGUCUGUAUUCAGAAUUUCAUGUUUGAUAUGGAACUGAAGCCGGGAAGUCAGCAUGACAUGCUUGCCAUGACAGGGAUCAUCACGUCCACCACCGAAACCAACUCUAUCAUAACCAUCCUGCAGGAUAUGGAAUAUAUACACGGACAAUUAUUUGAGCGUUCGGUCGAGUCGUGUUGCGGCGCGGUAACCUGUUUGCCGGGAGCCCUGACCAUGUUGCGAUUCUCUGCAUUCCGAAAAAUGGCCAAAUACUACUUUGAGGAUCAAAUUGACAAAAUCGACGACUUCUUUGACUACCUCAAAUGUCAUUUAGGAGAGGACCGCUGGCUUACUCACCUGUUCAUGGUCAGUACAGUGAGGCGUUAUCAAAUUCAGUUAUGCACGGGUGCUUUCUGCAAGACCGAAGCAGUGCAGACCAUGAACAGCCUGAUUAAGCAGCGUCGUCGCUGGUUUUUGGGAUUUAUUUCUAACGAGGCUUGUAUGCUGACCGAUGUACGCAUAUGGAGAAGGUAUACUUUGCUCUGUAUCAUUCGCUUCAUGCAGAACACGAUACGGACUACGGCUCUCCUAUUUUUUAUCAUGGUUUUAUCCGUGUCGACCACAUCCAACAAAUUUGCUAACCUACCGGUUGGUUUUGUUGCUUUAUCAUUGGGACUGAAUUACGCCUUGAUGCUUUAUUUCGGAUACAUACUACGAAGGUUCAAAGCGUGGCUCUACCCAUUGAUGUUCUUACUCAACCCAUUUUUCAACUGGUUGUAUUUGGUGUACGGAUGUUGCACUGCAGGUAAACGCACCUGGGGAGGGCCUAGAACGGAUGCUACCAAAGCAGACGAAUAUACUUCGCCUCGAGAAGCGGCAGAGCAAGCUGCGGCCCAGGGUGACGAUUUGAACGUUGAUGUUUCCACCUUUCGCGAAUACGGUAACGCGGCCGAAAGCAUUCCACUUCAUCCAACAGAGAGUAUUGAAAGCAGACUGGAUCCAACUCGCCAUACACCUUAUGAUAGCCUUAAUGACUCUGAGCUAGCACUCAUGCGACAUACCCGGGUGUCCAUGCCGGGUAUGCCUUUGAACUCACGAACCUCACUCGAUUCCGCUGUGACGAGUAACUAUUCAAUCUUGCUUCCACGCCGUGUGGAGAGUCUGAUGGAUGAAGAAGAGCAGAGGAAGCUUCAAAUACUUCGUGAAUCCAAGCGAAGUCUCUCGGCGGUAGAAGAAAAAGAUGGAGCACCAUCGCCGGAAACAUCUAAUCCUCCUAUAGACCGACUUGGCUGGUCGCCGCAGCCAUCUCCAAGACUAACUGGAAUUCCGCAUGUCGAUGGUCUCGGCGAUGCUUCCGAUCCGUAUACAGAAACCAACACCGACCCAUUGAAACAGCUUCCGCCGUUGCAGCUUCCUCCUAGCCCGCUAAGUCGAGGUAACCAUCAGGGUGAGCUUCCCGAGGACGACAAUCAAGAGCAAACCCCAGACUCUCCUCUGACUGGUUAUUCUGAGAGGUCUUCCUUGAAACGAAAACGGAAGCUUCGAGGGUUGCUUUUUGGUAAAAAGCAAAGCGAACACUAA